AUGACGAUGCCAUCGCUCGACCAGAUUUUCUGUACCGAUCCAAGUGAACGAAAACCACGAAACAGUCUUCAUAGCGUAUGCGGUGUAAGAAACCAGCGCAAUGCAUUGCCCAUUGAUCGUCGAACCAAGGCGAGUUUGCGAAGAUGCAAUGCCCCGAAUUGUCGCAAGACUGCGAAACGUGGUGGACGCUGCAUUGCACAUGGAGGUGGCAAUAAAUGUGCUGUUGAUGGUUGUAUUACAAGUGUAGUUAGUCGAGGGCUUUGUGUAGCACAUGGUGGUGGUAAGCGAUGCCAGACUCCAUCGUGUGCCAAGAGUGCUCAAGCUGGAGGGUUUUGCUGGGUUCAUGGUGGUGGCAAAAAGUGUGGUUAUCACGGUUGUCCCAAGCGUGCUCAAAGCGGUGGAGCGUGUAUUGCUCAUGGCGGUGGUAAACGGUGCCGUAUCGGUGGAUGCAACAAGGUUGUCCAAUACGAUGGGCUCUGCGUCGGCCACGGUGGCUACCGUCGAUGUGUUUACAUGAAUUGUAAUGGACGUGCAAUGGCCAAUGACCAUUGUCAGCAACACGGUGGUUCCUCUAUUUGUCUACUCGAGCGUUGUUACAAACGUGCUGUUCGUGGUGGAAUGUGUUCCGAACACAAGGCUAACGCCUCACUUCAAGGUGUGAUUUCAGGCGGAUUCCCGGCAUCAAAUCUUUCGUCUGAUGAAGAUCAAGAUCGUCAGAUGGACAGAUUUGCAAACUACGAUCGUCUGACAACCAAAGAGCAAAGUAGGAUGCAGUCAAAGGACGUUUCACGGAAAUCACGCUCCGAGCAUGAGCCAUCAAUAUCACGCCUCAUUCCGAUACAUGACAAGGUAUCGGGAUCAAUUGCAUUGACCGCUGACCGAUUUUCACACAAAGAUGAAGCGAGGAAUCGAAGAACGGACGCUCCGUUUGCACCCGGAUUUUCUGCACUUUUGGACGCCAAUGACACUUGUAUAUCGUUGUCAAGACUGCGCGAUUUGGAAGAUCCGAAGCAGUCUGAUUAUCCGAUACUACCGAGCAUUCGAUCGUUACAGCCUUUUCAUACUGGCAAUGUCGAGACUACUUUCCAUAGUCCAACAACGUCUGAUUUUCGACUCAUGAUUUCUCAUGAUCAAACGCUAUUGAAAUGGGAAUCCAAUGGUCGAGUUGACGAACAAAACAAAGCAAAUUCAUUUCGAAAUACCCAUGAAACGACAUUGCACCAACUGUUUGUGCAUUCGUAUAAUACCAACGAACAAAUGAUUCAUCCAUGA